AUGUCGACAGUCACGGUGCCAGACCUGUCGUUAGUUAUUCGUGCAGAGGCGUCGGCACCUCUCGAGUUGAACUACCAAUAUACACCGCUGCCUGCCAAAGGCUGGACACGGAUCAUCAUACUGCAUCCCGGAUCAGCCGAUGACCGACUUUCAUGCAGCCUGGAAGCUCGAAAGAUCCGAGAUGCAGCUGCUGCCUCCGAAUUUGAGGCAUUGUCUUACGUCUGGGGUGGCGGCGAUGCAGACGCAGUUGAAAUAAAUUGCGACGGUCGAGUCAUCCGCAUCGGAAAGAAUCUGGCCUGCGCACUGAAGCAUAUACGCCAGCGGAACAAGAUCAGGUAUCUCUGGGCGGACGCUGUAUGUAUCGAUCAGAGCAAUGUCGAAGAGCGAUCUAACCAAGUGCAGCAAAUGGGUGAGAUAUAUUCCAGCGCGGACCGGGUCCUCGUAUGGAUUGGACCAGAUCUGAGGAAUGAAGCGAAAGAGUGCUUCAGUUUGAUCAGCGACACAACCACCAACCUUGCUGACAUGAUCGCCGAACACGGAGGCGUUAGUCUCAUUCCGACCAUCACGCCGGAGAGCGGUCGCAUUUGCUCAGACACCAAAAAAUGGGAAAUAGUGCAGAGACUGAUGGACACUGAGUGGUUUAGCCGGGUCUGGGUGCUACAAGAAAUCGGCCUGGCUAGAUCAGGAGUCGUGCUCUAUGGGGAAUCCUCACUGAAUUGGGCUUAUCUGGUGGAGCUGAUGCUGGUUGUCGCCUCCCGCGCCGACGUGUCCUCACAUGUUGGAAAUAUCAAGUCUGGCAUGAUCUGGGAUUUCUACGAGGACCUGUGGCGAUCCUAUGGCAAUUCCAGCUCGUGGAGGAACGAGCUGCCACUGACACGAUCACUGAACAGCAGCCAAGGCCAGGCAAGCUUCAUCAACAUACUAAACGACGCUCGGGCGUAUAAAGCCACAGACCAAAGAGAUCGUGUGUAUGCUUUCCUCAGCCACCCAAGUGCCGCGUGCGGACCUCUGGCGCAGACGAGGCUUGUGGUCGCUGAUUAUAGCUUGUCUGUCGAUCAAGUCUACUUGGACGUAGCGAGACGCGUCCUGGAGACUGAUUCAUACCCAUGGACGGUGCUGACCUGCGUGGACCACACCCGGGCCUCUCCAUCGCUCUCCGGUCGACGUCCUUCUUGGGUCCCUCGUUGGGACGAAGGUUGGCGGGUCUACUGGCUCGGCUAUCCGGAAAUGUGGUAUCGAGCUGGUGGGGCCAAGUCAAAUGCCUUUGAAUCUCAGGUUUCACAAACUGGAUCCUCGUUGAUCCUGCGUGGCAUUGUAGUGGAUUCGAUCAGCUGGACCUCCCGACCAUUUGACUCCGACGAACUUCGACUUGACCCGCAGAAGGAGAAGGCGCCUCUGCAGCAGCUCUGGAGGGAGCUCCAGCAGCAUGACGACGACAACACAAUAUAUGGCUCGAGCUCUCAAGAUCGAGAAUAUGCAUUCAGCCUCACUCUUGCCGCAGGUCGCGGCGCAGAUGAAGGGCCUUCGGAAGAUGACCCCGAUCACCAUCGUGCUGUCUACCAGGCGUAUAAGAUGCUGCUCGAUGGCACGGAUAUCGACCAAAGACCUGGAUCGAAAGAGGACAUAGGAGAUAACAGUGUUCAGCGCAAGGAUGACGAGCAAAACUCAAUCAAACUGGAAGCGCUGACUUACGGCGGAAGCAACCAACGUCGAGCUUUGCACAAUCGGCGCUUUUUCCGCACAAGCAGGGGAUACUAUGGCGUUGGUCACAGGGAAGUUGAGGCGGGAGAUGCCUGCUGCGUUUUCAGGGGGGCGAAUGUACCCUUUGUGAUUCGAAAGGUGAUGGCAGACAGUAACGCGGGUGAGUCGACAGCAGCGAUAUCGGAUCAUUAUGUCCUUGUCGGCGAGGCGUACAUGCAGGGGAUUAUGAGAGGGGAGUUGUUUCAGGAUGCAGAGGCGGCAGAGGCACUGGAGGAGACUGCGGUCCUCGUGUAA